AUGCGUGAAUAUAAAUUAGUAGUUUUGGGUAGUGGUGGUGUUGGCAAGAGUGCUCUGACUGUUCAAUUUGUACAGGGAAUAUUUGUUGAAAAAUAUGAUCCGACAAUUGAAGAUAGUUAUCGAAAACAAGUUGAGGUUGAUGGAAUACAGUCUAUGUUGGAAAUUCUUGACACAGCAGGAACGGAGCAAUUUACAGCAAUGCGUGAUUUAUACAUGAAAAAUGGUCAAGGUUUUGUAUUAGUCUAUUCGAUAACAGCCCAAUCAACCUAUAAUGAUUUAGUUGAUUUAAGAGACGCUAUUUUAAAAGUUAAAGAUACAACUGAUGUCCCAAUGGUCUUGGUAGGAAACAAAUGCGAUUUAGAAGAUGAACGUGUCGUUGGAAAAGAAGUGGGCCAAACAUUAGCACGCACUUGGGGAAGUACAUUCCUUGAAACAUCAGCCAAACUUAAAGUGAAUGUUCAUGAGGUAAGUAAUGUCUAGAAAUGUUUCAUUGAUUUGUUUAUUUACAAAAAACAAAAAUAACAGUAUCAUUAGGUUCGAUAAAUAAAACACAAUAUUAUUUAGAUAUUUUUUGAUCUUGUUCGACAAAUAAACAAACGCAUACCUGUAAAUAAAGAUAAAAACAAAAAACGCAAUACAUCACAAUCAAAUCCAAAUUCACCACCGUCUAAUAGUAACAAUACAAAUGAUUGUUGUAUAUUAUUGUAAACAAAAACAAGUCGAUGAUAAAUAUCAAUAAACUUUGUUUUGAAUGAUAUAUGUAAUUGAUUUUUUUCAAUAGGUUUUUUCUCUUCUUUUUUUCCGUUCUUUAUUAUUAUUAUUUUUUUCCGCUUUACUAUGACGUCUGACAUUGAAAGAAUUUAUUCUAGUCAAAAGC